AGCUUGGCAAGCCUGUUUCCUCCUUCCCUUUUUCUUCAGUGCUAUUAAGUGCGGAGGGUGUGUGUGUGUGUGUAUACUGAAGCCCAUUGUUGUAUCUCUACUAGUGUGUCAUCAUUCCUGUGUGUAUGUGACCCGGGGUAGUUGGAGAUAAGACUACACAACGUGAUUCUGCGGCCAGUCAGGCACUCCUCUCUCUUCUCUCUUUCUCUGUCUCUCCCUUUUGUGUGACACAAGAAAGAAGACAGCUCCCUCCAUCCCUCACCCUCUACUACACCUAGUUACAGUUCCACAUCACUUUUCUGCUUCUCUUUGUUUCCCGGAGUAGCUACUUUCGCUUCUUCCCUACAUUCGCGCAAAUCAUUCCAUCCCUCUACAAAAAAAGACACCAGGACCAUGGCCGCUGCACAAGAGACUGGCGGUUCUCAUUGCAACAACAGCAGCAGCAACAAGCAAAGCCAGCCUAGUAGGAAAAGACUCAUCACUGUCUCCGUUCAUCCAACACUGGGAGGCUCCUUUAGCAUUAGCUGUUCACCUUAUCUCACAGUGGAGAAAUUCAAGGAGGACAUUAGUGACAAAUUGGGCAUCUCACCUAGAAAAAUGUCUUUGCUGUGCAAAUCCACUGAAUUAAAGAAUGGUACACUAAACCAAAACGGCAUACAAGACGGAAGCGAGAUAAAGCUAGUCCCGUGCGUAGAGUCCGGAGUAAAUACCCCGCUCUCAAUGGACCCUGUAUCAAUGAUGAAGCACAGCAUGAGCAAUGUAUCAGAUCAACAGAUUGAUGAUUUCCUAGCUGGCAAGGCUCCUCUCUCAGUUGCCAUUAGAUUAGGUGAAUCAGUAGUUGUCGUAAACUUGAAUCGUGCCAAAGUAGAGGAGGUUGACGUCGAGCCCUCCCAACCUGAACACAAGAAAAGGAAAUCCUCUUCAGGCAGUGCUAGAACACACUCACCCCAACAGACCUGCUGCUCUAAUCCUUCCCCAUCCUCCUCUUCCUCUGAUCUCAGUCCUACUUCACCAUUAAACUCCAACCCUCACUGGAGCUCAACAACCUCAUGUCCCUCUGUAUCCCCCACUGUCACUCCUCCAUGUGCCGUGGUACCCACCGUUAGGAGUAUAGUACCGGUUGGUGCCCCUGCCCCUAGUGAUGAUGGAGGUUCUUCUACACAGACACUGGGAAAGUCUCUGUCUCCAGCUGAUCUAUUGAUACAUGAAGCAUCAGCUCUGCCCACCAAGAGACACAGAGGGAGGGACAUGAUUGAUCACUCCUCGUCCUCUCUCCUUCCUCCUCCUCCUCCUCCUCCUCCUAGCUCUUCUCUCCCUCCCUCAGGGUACUCAACCUCUCCUCUUGUCAACACUUCAUCCCCUCCCUGUCUCUCUCAUUCCUCUUCUUCACGGCCGAUUAAAAAAGCCGUGAGGAGGUCUACUGGUUCUCGUCCGUCGAAAACCAGUGGAGUAGGAGGUAGUAACAAACUCUCACUGAGUCAGUCUGAGUGGGAGGAGCUACGCCGACUGAAUAAAGAGAUCCCCACGUCACAGAAUGGGGUCAGUAUGAAACGAAAAGCUGUCAUGGAGGCGAUUGGAGAGAUCCUUAAAAAGAUGUAUGCACAGCGUGUGAAAGGGAAAGUCCCCGGGACAUUCAAGGGCCGAUUCUCAUCAGAGUUUACAUGUGACAGUGACAUGCAUGAUAUAAUACACUCACGGACCACAAUGACCAGUUAUGGGGAAAUGUUAAUGGACGGAGGAUCGUCCAAGAACACACUUAAAAACACCUCUAAUGAUAGCUCUAACUUAUCAAAGACUCGUUUCAAGGAGAACGAGGAGCUACGAGAUAAAGUGGCUCUUUUGAAAUGGCGUAUGCAGCAGCAGAAGGCAAUGAGAGGACUCAAAAGACGUAGAACGGCUGAGGCCGCGACACCAACUGGUGACAGAGACUGGGCAAAAGAGGAAGGGGUGGAGUGUGACGUGAAUGGACCACCACUAAAGUUACGUAAGAAGACCGGGUUCUGUGGACUCAAGAGAGGGUUCUUACUAACGGACUAGAGAAACACACGCACUCUUGCUCUCUCACUAUGAUUGUGUUUUUAACCACUCUCCUUAGCACCACCUCUUGAUUUACCCUCCUCUCUCUCUCUCUCUCUCUGCCCAAACUGACUAUUAGUGCAUUACUGCUUUGAUUUUUAAAGUGUUUGUAGUCUCAGUUCCUGUCUUGUGCUGUACGUGUAUUGUUUUAUGCUUCUCUCUCUCUCUGUCUUUUAUUAAGUGUUGCUAUAGAACUUUAAUAUCACCACACAUACAGAUUAUUCUUUUUCUUUCUCUCUCUCUGUUAGUAUAUACACUUUGUCCAUUAUUAGUAUUCUCUUCUUUUUCUCAAUAUAUAAUAUGCACACUGUUAUAUCAUAUAUUAAUAUUAUUAUUAUUAUUAUUAUUAUUGCUUUGUGUGUGUGUGUUUUAUUGUUUUCUCGCUUGCUUUGUUUCAACAAAUUUUAUUGUUGAUAAUCAAAAACUAAAAAA